CCGAUGCCCAAGCUGCCGCUCUCGCCUGUGCCCGAGCAGGAGGCCGACGCGGCGGGGGAGCGGCUCUCAGGGAACGCGUCCCCCGCGUCCCUCGCUCCGAGCGCCUUCAGCUUGCGGAACUCAGAGGCAAGGAGGAAAAAACCGCCUCCCCCCCCCGCAGUCGGACCUCAACUUCCUUUACUCCCGAGGCUGUGGGUGAUGGGAAUUGUAGUCCAGCGGCGAAUAAUAGACGGGACAGCCGAGUCAAACUGAUUAAAAACCCAAAAAAAAGGGGAAGGACCCGGCCGGGAUGGUAGACCUCGGCAGCACGCCAGCUGUGAUGAGGGCGGUUGUAGUCCAGUAUUGCUGAAAGGCUACUUUUUCAAGGUCCCCUGAUAUAUCAGAAUCCAAUUGCCAGGAAAACAGCGCCUGCUUGUUGGAGAAAACAUUAAACUGUUCUGAAGAAGAAGAAGAGGAUGAAGAAGAAGCAGAAGACGAUCAAAUGGAAGAGUGGGACACAGACCUUGAGAUAGAAAAAUCUACAAUAUGCUAUGAUCCUGCGGGGAAAGCCAGAUACCUUGCAAUCUGUCAAGCGUACGGCGUGGUCCCUAUCUCUUAUUUUUUACGGCAUAUGAAAGAUACUGAGCUGACUGUGAAGCAUCGUGGCCUUAGCCCUAAGGCAGCCAAAGCGCUCGCUCUUUCCCUGACCAGCAACACAUCCAUUGUGAAGCUGAACCUGAGUGACAACGGGCUGGAUGGAAACGGAGCAAUUGCGAUGGCGGAGAUGUUAAAGGAAAACUGCUACAUUUCAGAACUUGAUUUAUCAGAGAACAGAGUCGGGAUGAAAGGGGCAGAAGCUCUGUCUACAGUGCUUCGGGAAAAUCCAGUUCUUGUGACCGUGAAACUUUCAGGAAAUGAACUAAAUGACAGGGCAGCCAAAUACCUGGCAGAUGCUUUAGUGACCAAUCAGAAAGUGGAGCACCUUGAUCUGAGUCAUAACAUGCUUGGACAGCCAGCAGGCCUCUUUCCCGUUCCUUGUGUCUCCAUCUACACUGAACCAGGAGAGGCUCUUGGCGUGGCCAUGGCGGAAAAUGUGGGGCUGAAGAAACUCAACCUCAGCUGGAACAACUUUCGGGGCCAAGGAGCAGUAGCUGUCGCCAAAGGCUUGGGGGCAAAUAUAUUCCUUCGAGUCCUUGAUCUGUCAUAUAACGGCUUUGGCAACAGCGGUGCAGCUGCUCUGGGGGCAGCCCUGAAAAGCAACAAUGUGCUGGAAGAACUCCACAUCGGUAAUAAUCGCAUUGCUUUGGAAGGAGCUCUGGCGCUGGCUUUGGGCCUGAAAGGGAACAAGAACCUGAGGAAACUCAAGAUGUCCAGGAACCCCAUCCAGAAUGAAGGCUGCCUCGGGAUCCUCAAAGCCAUCAGAGUAAAUCCUGGAGCUGCUAUGGAACUUCUGGAUUUCUCAGCAAUUGUGGUGAAGCGGGACUUCGUCCAGGCGUGUGAGGCUGUCCAAGAACUUUUCCCAAGCCUUUUGAUCCACCACGAUGGAACCACUCGCUCGUUCGGAAGAAAACUUUCAAAGGUUUCCUAAAGAGGUUCCUGGUAGCUCUGGAAGAUCAGCCUUUUCUUGUGGA